AUGGCGGGGAUGGGGGCGUUGGUGACGGUGUCACCUUUGCCUUUGAUUCGGCUUAUUGCAGGGGACUGGCACUUUAAUAGGGAGGUACGCGCUGACAAUGAUAUACGGGUCUGGAAUGCUGUAGACGGUACAUCUCGUUUCGUCUUUGAGAGCACCUCUGAUGACACCCGACUGGUUUACGUGGACUAUCUUGACAAGACAGUUGCAGGUGCUUACAGCGACCGUAAGAUUCGAUUAUGGGAUGCACGGAGUGGUGUCUGUAAGCAGACAAUUGUCAGUGAUGCCAAUGACAUGAUUUCCUGUCACCUUGGGGACGGCAUCGUGAUUAGUGCCCAUCGUGGAAACGUCAUGAAGAUAUGGACUGUUGAAUCGGGGGAAUGCAUCAGACACUUUGACGUGCCUGGUGUACACUUUGAAGAUUGGGACCCAAGCGAUUCAUCAUCGAUCUUUGAUUACAUCGGCGAAUUGCUCCUUGCCACAUCGGAGUUCUCAAAUAUUAGAUUAUUCAAUCUCGACGGCAAAUUCAUCAGAGGCACAAAGUCGUACGAUGCCCGAGAGCCCACCCUUGGGAUCCGUUGCCUUGGCAAUAAGUUCAUUGCGUCUGAAGAGUGUAGUGUUGGAGGCCCGAUGUACCUGUGGAACAUUGACAACCCUGAUGUGGUUUCCAGUUGA